AUGGCAACCAAGACUUCUGCAGUGGCGGACGAGCCGAUUGAGGUUCUGUUCGCCCUGCACCCCAACUUCAACAUUACUGACUUUGCCGGUCCUCUCGAGGUCUUUGCGACUGCCAACUACGAGAAUGACAAGUCUACCACGGCUUUCGAAUGCACCGUGGCCGCUGCCGAGCCCAAGGUCAUGUCCGAGCAGGGCGUCUUCAUUGGCUCUCAGAUCUCCUACAAGGAGGCACACGAGCGCCUGAAUGACUUCGAUGUUCUCGUCGUUGUCGGCGGCGGCACUGAUGCCGUCAUUAAAAGUGAGGCUGAACCCCUUCAGCUCAUCGAUGCGUACUCCGAGCUUCAGCAGAAGGAUACCAUUCGCGAGCGUACCCUUCUUUCCAUUUGCACCGGCUCUCUCUUCCUCGCCAAGCAGGGCAUCCUUGCCGGCUUGUCCGCUACCACCCACCCCGACUUCCUCACUACUUUUGAGAACCUCUGCAGCAAGUCUGCGCAGAAGACUCUCGGUGAGCGCACCGACGUCAUCGAGAGCGCUCGCUAUGUCGUGAACAACCUCCGCUUCGACAUUGGCGACGAGGACGAGAACCCCUACAUUCGACGUACAUCCGACGCUGGCCGUCGCCCCUCCAAUGCCCGAAAGGGCAGCAUUUCCUUCCAGGGCUCAGGACGACGCGAAUCCGUUGCUCGUCGCGCAGCGAUGCGUCUCGGCGGUCUUCGCGUUGUCACGAGCGGGGGGGUCAGCGCUGGUAUAGAUGCGGCUCUAUACAUGGUCAGCGCUCUCAUCUCGGAGGAGUCGGCUAACGAGGUGGCCCGCGUGAUGCAGUGGAACUGGGUUAAGGGUGUCGUCGUCGACGGCCUUGAUGUGUAAUUUAUAGACAGCGAGGCGAACAAGGAGCAGCCCCAAGAGGCUCGCUAUGGGUAUGGUUAUAUUUUUUUUGAAGGAUCUUAACGCCUUCUCUGUUUGCUAUAGGAAUAAAUGCUUGGCUUGAGAUCUUUCAUUUCCUCUGUCGAUGACCUUUUGUUGUGAUGCCUGAUCCACGACGAACACCUGACUGGCGUCCUUCGUAUAAGCCAGUCCAUCAAACAGCUCUUGCUCGGCACUCCGGGUCAAGUUUUCAGCGAGAAUUGAUGUCACUCAAAACCUCAUGAAACAGCAAUCGAGUCGCAUCGGGCAUUAGAUUCUGCGAUGCU